AUGCUUUCUAUGCAGGGCUGCAGAAGCCUUCUUAGACCCACGAGUCUGAUCGUUCUACUGUUUGCUCUCCUCUCCGCAAUCCAACCCGCACAAGCAACAAUCCCUUCAUCCAAACGAUUCGACCUAUCAAAGCCUUCAUAUGAUUUAUUCCGCAGCAAAACACUUCAUGAUGCAACCGUCCAACAAGGAUUCACCUUCGACAACACCAAUCGCAGACUCUUUGUCGCUCAACGACGCGAUGGAUCUUCCGAAACUUCAGGCGACUUAUGCAUUACCCAACUCGACUUUGACGGCAACAACCUGGGAUACAUGUAUCUAACAGGAUUUGGUCAUGGUGUCUCCUUCGGUGCUCAGGCUGUGGGGUCAGCUUCUUACUUGUGGACCGAAGUCGAAGCCAACUCGAAUGGAUACGGCAAGAAGCUUGCUCGGUUUAAGUUUACCAGCGGAACUACGCUCUCGUCUUCCUCGUCGUCUCUGAAGAAGUUUGUACCUGUCUCUGGGGCUACGGAGCAUACAUGUUCUAUUGAUCCCGUGAACAACCGCCUGAUUGUUCGCCAUCAGCUCAGCGAUGGAAAACAUAUUACUGUCUUCGACUUGGACAAGGCCACUGGUGGGGAUUUCUCCGACCCACUUGCAACCUUCAAACAUCCCAAGCUGUCGUCGAAGUCGGAUACUUUUCAGGGCUAUGCAGCUUAUGGGGAAUAUAUCUAUCUCUUGACUGGUAACUCCUACGAUGUUACCGGCGGAGAGGUCAAUUCAGAAGUGACGAGCGUGAAUAUGAAUACUGGUGCUGUUGUUCAGGGUCCUACACUUACAAAGGCCGGCUCUACGCUUGUGUUCCGUGAACCGGAAGGUUUGGCGAUUUAUCAGACUGUUGCUGGUGAGGUACGCCUGUUUAUGGGAUUUGCUUCUGGAAAGGGUGGAGACAGGCGGUCGAAUUUGUUUUAUAAGAAUGCUUUGGUUUAA